GGAGCUCAAAAUCAGAGCUCUGAAAGCAACGGAGAGGUUCAGUAACACUAUUUUUAUUCAAAAAAAAAUUUUUAAGAAUAACAAAAAUCAAAGCAAAAUUCUCGCCACACCAAACAAAUUGAACAAUAAUAUAUUUUUGUUUUAUCCUCUUUUCUGGUAAUUAUGUCGAAGGCAACAAAGCUGCGUUUUGCGCUGAUCACCGAGGAUGUUUUGGACAAGCUGCGGCCCAGAUCUCAGUCGGAAUGCACCAGGUCGAAGUACCUGGACGAGAUAUACACCGCCAUUAGGACGGCGGUCAAUGAAGUGGUGGAUGAGAAGCUGAAGGAGCUGAGUUGGUCCAUCGAUCAGGUGGUGGAGGAUCGGAUGGCCAAGAUACUGAGUCAGCAAGGUCAAGGCAGAGGUACCUCCGUCGGGCAACGGGACGGCAAGGAGAAGGACUCCAGGAAGGACAACAAGGACUCCAGGAAGGACAACAAGAAGGACCACAAGGACAGCAAGAAGGACCACAAGGACAACAAGGAGAGGGACUCUAAGGGUGCAGUCCAGUCCGUGGAGUCUAUCAGUUCCCUGAGACGAAGCACCAAACGUCAUCGUCCAUCCAAGAAACGCCAUCAAUCGCAGGAGCCGUUGCCUUCCAGCCCAGAAGAUCAGUUGGCCAAGAGAUCGAGGACCAAGGCCCAGAAAAUCACCGUGAUGCCCAUCCAUCGGGAGACCCAGGUGAAGAGCACUCCCUUAAACAAUCUACCACCACUCAGUAUGGAUCGCAAUGACCUCGAUGAGGAGGACGAUGAUGACUUCUCGGAUGCCGAGGGCUCCAUUCUCACCAUCGCCGCUAAGUAUCUCAAAAAACUCGAGGAUGCCCGAAGUCGCAAACACCAGCAUCAGCAUUUCCACUAGAAAUUGUUCAGGUCCAAUUAAUGGGUAACAACCCAUCUAUAUUUCAGUCUGUAAAUUGGUUCAAGUCCCCCGUUUUUGAUGGUUACUCAUGUUAAAUUUAUCUUUUGAACUCAAUUGCGUAAAAUAGUCGGGCAUAGCGAAGUUUCCAAAGAGUGGGUGAAUACAUUAUUAAGGACGUACCAUUUCGGGGCCUAUAGACGGACAAACAGUAUCUCGGCAAGCUUCGAUCAAUGGGAUACUUGAAUCAUGUAAAUAAAUUCAGAGGAGCCAUA